AUGGCCUCUUCAUCAAAGCCAACGAGCUCUCUGCUCUACUCUUGUAUAGCACACCGUACCACCAUUCUCGCAGAACAUUCCUCCCCCGGAUCAUCCUCCUCAUCUGCUUCGUCUCUGGCCUCCAUUAUCCUUCCCAAGGUCACUCAUGAAAAAUCUCAAAAGCUCACCUUCACCCAUGAACGGCUAUUUGUGCACUACAUCGCCGACUCCCCGACAGGGUCUUCAGAGGAUUCAAGCCGACAGGAGCCAAAUUCCUAUGCACCUUUGAGCUAUAUAGUCGUGGCAACUGCCGAGCAAGGCCGCCGUAUUCCGUUUGCUUAUCUCCUUGAAAUGAAGCGCAAAUUCCUCUCCGCCUAUCCGCCCUCGACCACGGAUUUCUCGUCCUUUCCAGCCUACGGUUGCGCCGCCUUCAACACCGAGCUUCGCUCCCUACUCCAAACGUACAAUACCGCCCCACCAGCGGACUCACUCGCCUCCGCCCGCAAGGAAAUUGAUAGCGUACGGGAUAUCAUGACGGAGAAUAUCGAACGAGUGCUAGAGCGUGGCGAGCGCAUUGAUCUUCUAGUCGACAAGACGGACCGACUGGGCGGUAAUGCGCAUGAUUUCCGGCUUCGCAGUCGGGGCUUGCGACGACGCAUGUGGUGGAAGAAUAUUAAAUUAAUGGUUCUCGUGGUAGUGGUGAUAAUUUUCCUCUUGUAUCUCUUUAUAGGUAUGGGAUGUGGAUUACCAGCCUGGGGGAAAUGCGUCGGGCAUAGUGAGUAA